AAAUACUAAUAGGCAGUUGUGAAUAAACACACCUUUCCACGGGAUGUCUCCGACGCGCGACUAUGUGAUUGAGUCCGUGAAUGCUGGAAUUGCGCGCGAAGUCGAUGAGAAUUUAAGCGAAAGCCCGACCGACGUGAAAAAAAAAACAAACUUGCAACGCAUGACUUCUGAAAACUAUGAGAGUCCGGUUUCUCUGCACCUUAUCAUGAGAUCAGUUCGAUCGGUUUCAGCGGGAUUUCAGUGUCACUCUAGAACCGUGGCGUGCGAGACUUUCGACGUUCGAUAACGAAUUCUGAUAAUCGCCGCGUUACGCGAUGAAUAUGGAAACUACGGAGAUGUACAGGAAGGGAACGAGCGGAUACAAGGACGUCGGGUAUCAGUACACCGAGUUCUGUCCCAAGUGCGGACAGAACGACUACGAGGACGGAUUGCGCGGUUCAACGGCGCGCAAGAGGAGGACCAAGUUCUACGAGAGACACUGUCCCUCGUGCCACUGUCCGCCCGAGAGACGAAGAAUUCACUCUCCGCCCGGGAGGCCGAGAACGUCGGAGAAUAUCGAGGCGAUGCUGAGCCAGUACGAGCGCGUGGAACCGAUCAGUUCGAACAUCAAGAAGUCACAGAGCAGUCCUUUGUCGCAGAAGAUGAUGGGCUUUCACGAUUGCCAAACGAACGCGAUUUCCUGUCGUUGUCUCAGAAAAUCGCCGCACUCCCGUCGUCAGAGAAGACCACUCGAGCGCGAUAAGUAUCCGUUGAGGACGAAGCGAGACACAAUUAACUCGAAAUUGAACAACGAGGAUCUCGAGGUCUGUCCCAAGUACGUGCAAUCGAUACCCGUCAAAACUACCUAUUCUUCGCUGAGGAAGCACGGUUGUUACAGAGAACUCGAGGAAUCGCCGGACGAGCAAGAGGUUUCCGACGCGGAGAGCGAGACGUCGGCGAGGUACGUUCCGCGCGUUCGUCAAUUUUUGUCGCGAAAACCGCGCGCGUCCUCGAAUCUCGGAACGAGGCAACGUCGUUCGAACGUCGUCGGCGGGAACGAACGCGAGUACGUCUCCGCGGAUACGAGAAACAACGAGAACAACGACGACGACGACGAUUGUCGGCGAAACGCGCGCGAUUAUCAAGAAAUGCGAAAACUCGUUCUGGAACUCGAGGAGUUGGAGAGAUUGAAGCGGACCGACGAUGUGGCGACGACGAUCGCGAACGAUAAGAGCGACAAGCAGCGGAUCGAGAGGCGAGGACUCGACGUGAGAAUCAAUAGGCAGAAGAAUUCCGGCGACGCGGUUUCUUCUUAUUUCGUAACGACGACCAGGCCGUCCUACGCGUUGAUCGACGAGUCGAUUGACAAAACCACGAAGGAUCUCGCGCUUGACGAAGGAUCCGCGCGUUUCACGAAAGCGGAUAACGCGGCGAAGACUCGCGUUCUGGAAUCGAUCGAUCGCAUGGUCGGUAUCAUGGACAACGCGAAGACCGACGCGCCGUUACAACAAGAGCAGCAAACGGAACCGGAGACCGUCGAGAAGAUAGCUCAAGAUCUUCAGGAGAACGGUUGGCAAUUGCUGUUCAACGCUCUGACAAUUCAUCGGGACGCGACGGUCAAUUCCGGCAAGAGAAUCGUUCGUCUGGAAUGUCUCAAUCAAAUUCGACAGCAGCUCGACAAAUUGUACGCUCUCGAAUCGACUCCGGACAAUUGUACGCCGAAGCAGCAGCAGUCGAGUCACGACGUGACGUUCAACGAGGAUCGUUCCCAGCAAUUGCCACUCGAUCAGAAGAUCGUCGAUUCUUGACGUUUCUUCUUCGGUCAAACAUUCGCGCGUCGUUUUUUAAUAAAAUUUUUUCUAAAAAUAUACACGAUGUACAACAAAAAAAAACCUCAAACAUAUCGUUUGCGGAGUUACGUUGCGAAGGUGAAAUAAUUCUUGCGAACUAUCUCACAUUGUGUCUCGACAAAAUAUAUAUACAAUAAAUAAAAAUAUAUAUAAUCUACGAUGUAACAUUUUAAGAGAAAUAUAUUACGUAAUGCGAAAUGUCACAGAGCGAACGCACACGUGAGAUGUGAAAAACUCCAAGAUAAAGACAUUCAAGCCAAAUUUGUGAAACUCGUUAUUUUUUUAUACAUUCGCUUGUGUGAGUUUCGAGAUUGAAUAUAUAUAAAUAAUAUCCUCAUCGAGAUUUUUCACUUGGUAGCAAUAGCUUUAUUGUUUGAAACGUUUUUUUAAAUACACCAGAGUACAUAACUACUCUACUUUCUUCCCGUUCUCAAGCUAAACAAGGUAUUGUAAUAUAAUAUUAAAUUGUUUUUUUUUUUUCUUUUUUUUUUUAGUUUUUUUUCACGUCGUUAUUGUAGUCUCUUCCUGCAAUGAGAGAGGUGCUUAUGAGAAUUUUAUUACGUGUAACGUGUAUAUAUGUAUAUUUGUGUGUGUGUGUGUGUAUAUAUCUAGACUGUCCCAGGAGGACAGGCCGGUGAUUCUGGGAGAGAGACGAUGUCGAUCAAGCGAAAACGUUCGCGCGAAAAACGUGUAGUUCUUUGUUCCGGAACGAAAAACUACAGCCGUAAACACCGUGUAUCUGCAUAUUCGACGUUUGCGCGACAAAAAUACGCGCGGCAUUUUCAACAUCGCUUCUACGAUGUCACAGUCAACGUGUAACAGUCAGUCGAAAGGGAAAAUCAAACAACGGCCAACAAACAGACGCGAUAUUGCGCGCCGAACUCUGUCUCGGAAACCGAGUUUGGAACGAAACGCACGUUCAUACGAAACAUUUUUAAUCACAAUGACCGAUACCGUCGCCUCCCAAAAUAUUGAUCUUUUCUUCCCGAAACACCCUGUAUAUACACUUAAAUAUACCAUAUAUACAUAUAUAUAUGUUAUAUAUAUAUAUAUAUAUAGAACCUAUAAAUAUUUUUGUGUAUAUAUAUAUGUAUAUAUGCGACAGUAGAACAAUUGGUAAUUACUCAUUAACGGACGCGCGGAGCGCUUGAUCACUUUGAAGAGUCGGAGUCACGCCCGUGUCAAGGCGAUCGGAGAGGGACGGCGCGCGUCCAUUAACGUAACCGAUUACUGAACAAUUAUUUACAUAACGUUUAU